CGGGACGCCGGCGGCGGGAGGGGUCGCGGGGGAGACGAUAAUUUGUUCCGUGGUGAUGAGAACGGUGACUGUUGGCCGUGGAUCCAUUUCACAGGCCUGCCUUCUCUCACUAACGAUCUUCCUCGUCCCCGGGCCAACUCGGACAGUUUGCUCAUUUAUUGCAACGGUCAAGGCUGGCUCGUGCCAGAGCAGCGCGCGCGCGCACGCACACUCGGGGAAACUUUUUUAAAAAAAUGAAAAGCUAGACUCGCUCCUCUCCGCGCGGGCGCUGCGCGAGGGGGUCGGAGCUGACUCGCUGCAGCAGGAAAUCCCUCCGGCAGCGACGCCCGGCCCCGGCUCGCCGCCCGCGUGGGAUGGUGCAGUGCUGGCCGCCGGGCCCCGAGAGCUGCUGCACGGAAGGCUGGCGACCAUGGCAGCGCGCCCGCCGCUCGCGUCCCCCGCCCGCGCCCUCCUGCUCGCCCUGGCCGCGGUUCUGCUCGCGCCCCGCGCAGCCCGAGGGGUGAGCCUCUGGGACCAGGAAGGAGCCUAUGAAGUCGCCAGUGCCUUUCUUCUGAAUGGAGACCUUGGGAUCCCGGUCAAGAGCGACGGUGUGAAGGAUCAUCCAGAAGUGUUGAAUGUUCGCAUGCAAUUGGAAAGCAGAGAACUGGUCAUAAAUCUGGAAAGAAAUGAGGGCCUCAUUGCCAGUGGUUUCACGGAGACCCAUUAUCUGCAAGACGGUACUGAUGUCUCCCUCACUCGAAAUUACACGGGUCACUGUUACUACCAUGGACAUGUGCAAGGAUACGAUGAUUCCUUGGCCAGCAUCAGUGCCUGUUCUGGUCUCAGGGGACUUAUUAUGUUUGAAAAUAAAACAUACAUCUUGGAACCAAUGGCAAAUGCCACCAAUAGGUAUAAACUCUUCCCAGCCAAGGACCUGAGGAGAAGCUGGGGCUGGUGUGGCUCCCAGCACAACACCUCUGGCCACCCUGCAGACGUGGUCCACCCCGCCACCCAGACGCCGUGGAGGAGGCAUAAAAGAGAGACCCUCAGGAUGACCAAGUAUGUAGAGCUGGUUAUCGUAGCAGACAACAGAGAGUUUCAGAGGCAAGGAAAAGAUCUGGAAAAAGUUAAGCAGCGAUUAAUUGAGAUCGCUAAUCACGUUGACAAGUUUUAUAGACCACUGAACAUUCGCAUAGUGUUGGUGGGCGUGGAAGUAUGGAAUGACAUCGACAAGUGCACCAUCAGUCAGGACCCGUUUACCAGCCUCCAUGAAUUUUUGGACUGGAGGAAAAUGAAGCUUCUACCUCGAAAAUCCCAUGACAAUGCGCAGCUCAUCAGUGGGGUCUAUUUCCAAGGCACCACCAUCGGCAUGGCACCCAUCAUGAGCAUGUGCACUGCGGAGCAGUCUGGAGGCGUGGUCAUGGACCAUUCAGACAGCCCCCUUGGUGCGGCCGUGACCCUGGCACACGAGCUGGGCCACAAUUUCGGGAUGAACCAUGACACACUGGAGAGAGGCUGUAGCUGCAAAAUGGCUGCCGACAAAGGAGGCUGCAUCAUGAACCCUUCCACCGGGUUCCCCUUCCCCAUGGUGUUCAGCAGCUGCAGCCGGAAGGACCUGGAGGCCAGCCUGGAGAAGGGCAUGGGGAUGUGCCUUUUCAACCUGCCGGAGGUCAAGCAGGCUUUUGGGGGGCAGAAGUGUGGGAACGGAUACGUGGAGGAAGGCGAGGAGUGUGACUGCGGGGAGCCCGAGGAAUGUACAAAUCGCUGCUGCAACGCCACUACCUGCACCCUGAAGCCAGAUGCUGUGUGUGCACACGGGCUCUGCUGCGAGGACUGUCAGCUGAAGCCUGCGGGGACCGCGUGCCGGGGCUCCGGCAACUCCUGUGACCUCCCGGAGUUCUGCACAGGAGCCAGUCCUCACUGCCCGGCCAACGUGUACCUGCAUGACGGACACCCAUGUCAGGGGGUGGAUGGCUACUGCUACAAUGGUAUCUGCCAGACCCACGAGCAGCAGUGUGUCACACUCUGGGGACCAGGUGCUAAACCUGCCCCCGGGAUCUGCUUUGAGAGGGUCAACUCUGCAGGUGAUCCCUACGGCAACUGUGGCAAGGACUCCAAGAGCUCCUUUGCCAAAUGUGACGUGAGAGAUGCUAAAUGUGGAAAAAUCCAGUGUCAAGGAGGUGCCAGCCGACCAGUCAUUGGUACCAAUGCUGUUUCCAUAGAAACAAAUAUCCCACUGCAGGAAGGAGGCCGGAUUCUGUGCCGGGGGACCCACGUGUACUUGGGUGAUGACAUGCCAGACCCAGGGCUUGUGCUUGCGGGGACAAAGUGUGCAGAUGGAAAAAUCUGCCUCAACCGGCGGUGUCAGAACACCAGUGUCUUCGGUGUUCAGGACUGUGCAAUGCGAUGCCACGGCCGGGGGGUGUGCAACAACAGGAAGAACUGCCACUGCGAGGCCCACUGGGCGCCUCCGUUCUGCGACAAGUUCGGCUUUGGAGGAAGCACUGACAGUGGCCCCAUCCGGCAAGCAGAUAACCGAGGCUUGACCAUAGGGACUCUGGUGACUGUGCUGUGUCUUCUGGCUGCUGGGUUUGGGGUUUAUCUCAAAAGGAGGACCUUGAUACGACUGCUGUUUAUGAACAAAAAAACCACCUUCGAGAAGCUGAGGUGUGUGCGACCCUCCCGGCCACCCAGCCGCUCCCAGCCCGCACAGGCUCACUGCACCCACCUUGGGAAAGGCCCUUCAAGCAGGCCACCGCACUCCAACAUACCAAAGGACAGGAGAUCGCCACAGGGGCAGAAUGUGGACAUCAGCAGACCCCUCAACGCCCUUGCUGUCCCUCAGCCACAGUCACCGAGGCGAGUGCUUCCGCCCCUCCAGCAGGCCCCGCGGGCACCCAGCGGCCCCGCCAGACCCCUGCCGGCCAACCCGGUGCUCAGGCAGACCCAGGGCAUUCGGAAGCCCAACCCUCCUCAGAAGCCUCUGCCUGCUGAUCCUCUGAGCAGGACAACUCGGCUCACCAAUGCCUCCAGAAACCCAGGACAGCAGGAGCCAGGGCUCCGCCCUGCACCUACCAGACCUGCUCCUAAGUAUCCACACCACGUGCCCAGACCCACCCACAGCGCCUAUCCUCAGUGAGGAGCAAGCUGACACCUUCGUUCAACAGUGAAGACAGAAGUUUGCACUAUCUUUCAACUCCACGUGGAGUGACUUUUUGUACCAACUUUUAGAAUUUUUUUUUAAUAUGUUUAAAACACCAUUAUUUCAAGAACUUUGAGCUACUGCCGUCGGUGCUGUGCUAUGGUGCUCUGUGUAUUCGCUCAGGUACUUGUAAAUUAUUAAUUUAUGCAGAAUGUUUAUUGCAGUGCAGUGCACUGUACUAGGCAUUUUUACCAUCACUGAGUUUUCCAUGGAAGGAAGGCUUGUUGUGCUUUUAAUAUUUUAGUGAACUUGAAAUAUCCUGCUUGAUGGGAUUCUGGACCAGAUGUUUACUUUCUGAUCAGGCUUUAUUAGAAAGCAGUUGCUAAUUCCCCACGGCUGUGUUAAUGGUACCAGACACAACUCAGGACCCCUGGUAGAACCUUGAGUGAUUUUUCUGAAACUCCUAGCCCAGGCCAGGGCUGCACUGGGCCUUCAGUGAGGCCCUCGGUGCCUACACGCUGACAAGCCCCUAGCAGCUGGACUUUGGAGCAGUGAAUGACCUGGUUUGGGGCCAGGAAGCUUUGGAGAGAACCUGGGUUGCAGACAGGAAUUUUGAGGUGUGGCCACACCAGGACAGAGCCUGGAACACUAGGCCAGGCAGAAACUUGACCUUGAGCUGAGCCGCCAUGGGUCCCUUUGGAAAGCAAACAAGGAAGAAGUCUGCAGGAUUGCUCAAGGUUUUCUUUAUAGAAACAUCAAGAACUUCUUUCUCUGGCUGCUCUUUAUGCAGUUCUGGCAUCAGCACAUUAUUUAGAUUGGGAACGGUGGUGUUUCUACAAGAAGGCCACCGCCCCAGCACUGCAAACCACCAUCUCCCUGUGCUGUUUGGAGCUAAGCAAAUUACCACCUUGUCUUCUCAACUGUAAUAUGAUGACCCUGUGUUCAGACAGAUAGAUGAGGCUUUCCAUGGGACCAUAAUUCUUUUCAGAUGUGAACUAGUAACCAGAUCUAGUCAAUCAAUUCUUUAGAUAAAAAUCUCCUUUUACUGCAAGGUUCAACUUAUUAAAAAUUAGGCAGAAACAACUACUAAAUGGAAUGCCUUGCUCAUUGGCACAGACUGUCUGGGCUGCCUUAUUAGUACGUAGUGGACAAAGAACCACAAGUGACCAUGAAGUUCUCUCUAGGGCACCCUAUUUUCUCAGCUAGGCAGCUGGAAUCUUAAACAUUUGCAACCUACCUGUAGAGCAUCACAAGGUAUGAUCAGAAAACCAAUUUCCUAACCCUGUAUUUUCACCAAAGGCCAGCUGGGGCAAGCAGCCCCUCCAAACAUUUCACUCUCCCAGUGUCUCAUUUCCUAGGAUGUUUAAGAUGCCUGGAUCUAAUAGCAUGAAAAAUACUCAGAUAAGGCAAAAAUGCCAUUCUGGCCCUCACUGUCUUCUGUGAGAUCAUGAAUGACUAGUUUUCACAUUAGAAGGCAAUUGACAGCAGUUCCGUAAUUCACUGAGUGUUUCAUGAUGAGACUUCUUUUAGGGUCAUUUCAAUGGUUUUCCUAUGCCUUGAAGCAGAAAGAAAAAUACAUACCAGGAAUCUUGGUUUGCCUUCCAGAAAACGAAACUACAUUUAACUGUGCCAAUGUUCUCCCCAUAUAUCUAGGCAACGUGGUAUUCAUGACUAUGAAUAAAUAAAUGUCACAAACACACAAAAGGUAACCCAACUCAAAGACAUUCCAACUCUUGCAGCAUGCAUAUGUUUUAAUAAACAGAUGCAAUUAUUUUCUUUAAAAAGUAAAGCCAUGUUAGAUGAUAUUACUGUGGAUGAGAUACAUACAGGAUUAUUGUAACUAACUGAUGUUACAUUUAGUAAUUGUGUCAAGGCCAAAACACACACUAUUGAAAAGUUUACAGAAUUUCCUGGUGUGGACAUUGCUGCCUUCUCGCCCACGCCUCAGCUCCGGCACUUUCACCCUCCUCCUACUGCACGGAGCAGGGAGGAUGGGAACUGCCUUUUCUGUUUUUGUUCUUUCUGAACUGUAAUGACUGUGCUUUUGUUCCAGAGAACCAGGAAGAGUUUGGUAUUAAAGGAGGUUAAAACUGAUCUUCUGCCAUGUCAUCAAUGGCCACUUUGUGGUUAUGGCUGAUGACACAAUUUUAUCUCAAUACUAAUUGCUUUUAUAGAGCCAUGCAAAUUAUUUCUGAAUAAGAAUAUAUUUAAGCCUUAUAAUACACAGAUAAUAUUAUUAAAGGAAUACUUUCAAAAUUCAAUAUUUAUCAAAUAAAGCAUAUUUAGCAAUAACUUCCAUUUUAAUGUAACUUAGGAACCAAUAACUAGGGUUGUUUUUUUCUUGGUGGGAAGGGUUUUCUCUCACUUUUUAUAAACAAUGGGAACAAAAAUCAGUACUUCUAUUUUAGUGGCAAUAUGACUAUUCUUUAAUAUUUCUAAAAUACUUCACAGGGACAAAUAACAGUUAUUGUGAGUUUUAUAAAACCAUUACUGAGAAAGUUCAGUGCCUAAACUCAAAAGCAGGCUGGAAGGCUACUCACCUUUCUUCCUACAUCCAGCCAGGGCUGCAGGUUACAGGGCCCCACUCCACGGAGAGGUGCAUGGCCAACCUUCCAGGCAUUCCAUUUAUCUGCUAAAAUGUUCUUGUUUUCCCAAUACAUUGAACCAGACUGUGGCAACCAAGAGAAACAAUGCCUAGUGUUGUCCAUUGUCCCAGUGGGACUUCCCCAGCGUACACAUAUAGAUGACACCAGAGAGACUGCAAAGCAACAAAUUAAACUAUAUGGGAAUAAAUAUUCCUGACUAGUCUCCAAGGGGACAUUAUUAUGCCUUUUUAACUUCAUCCGGAAUUCUCAGGCCUUGUUCUCUAACCAAUCAGCACAUUCCCUAAAAUUGCUAAGACUCUGAUCUGCGUCAGAGAUUAGAGAUCCCCCAUGGUGCUGACCCCCACUGUAAUGCCUGUGCCUCCUCCAGCCCCUCCACUGAUGCUUACCAAGCACUCCCAGCCAAGGGAAGCUGGGCCAGACUGUCCUCAUGCACCCUGAUCUCUUGCAGACUCUCCUAGUGAGACCCAUUUCAUUCUUAAGCUUUGCUAGAGUCCGGGCAGACUUACUCUACAGAACCCUCCUCACUGCUCUCACAAUGGCUCUAGCCACAUGCAAGUGACCCAGAUGAAUGUUCCACCAGCCCUCCCAGAAGUAACUCAGGCUGGAAGUCUCACACACACACAGUGACUGACUGGUGGGGACACUACAGGUAUCAUCUUCUCUCCUCCAUACCCAUACCAGAAGCCAUCCCCAUGCUGCCAGUUACUCCCCAUGUCUCAUCAGCAUCCUCUCACCUGGACACAGUAAGCCAGAAGCUCAAAUCUGUUUGCCUUUCCUUGUCACCAGACAAGUGCCUAACUUCGGCCAAACUCAGUGUUAAUGGCCCUCCAAUCCCGGCAGUGAAGUCACUACUUCAGAUCAGCCAGAGUGGCAUCUGUUGCAGUGCAUGGCAGCCCCAUGGGGUCCACCUACUGGACAUCCAAAGCCCAACAUUCUCCAGAAUCACAGCUCAGAGCAACCCCGCCAGCACCCAAGACCCCUGCAGAGUCCCUCCUGCAAGCACAUCAAUCACAGUGACCUCCCGUCCCAUGUCUUGUUCUAAUGAGAAGGGGCAGUUGGCCAUAGAAAAUCAAUUUAGCUAUGCAUGCAAAAUUCUCUGACUCACUCCAAAGUUCCCAUCGACAGGUAUUACUUUUAAACUUGUUUGAAAAUUCCAAUAGUGAAAUACGUAACACUAAGAUUUGUGAGCCGCAUGCUCAGAACCAUUUCUGUACAGUGAAGAUUAUUUUCAUAAGCCAUUUACCCACAUGAGCAUGUGCCUCUUCCCUGCCUCCUGUAGAGGAACCCCCCCGCCUUUUUACUUCUGGGACAGUACUGGAAGCUUCAAAUCCAGUCAUCAUAAACCUGUUUCAUAUGAGAAAAACUAAAAGAAAUACUGCAUCGAGCCUGUUAAAAUCCUUGGUAAUGGAGAGUGAUAGCCAGAAGAUUGAACAAAGGACUUCUCAAAGUGCUUCAGUUUCCCCAGGCUGAAGGCCCUGUAACUCACCCUGAUUUUCAACAUCAUCUUCAAGAAGUAUGUUCUAUGUUCUCUGUAACUCCCAAAGAAAACUUUUUAGUCAAUUUAGCAUAUUUAAAUUCAAACAAAAGAAUAAAUAUAAUGUGAUCAUUUUAGUUUUCAAAAAAGCAGAAUCCCUUUUUUGUGUUCAUAGUCAUAAGUAGGUCCCUUCAUAGGGCAGCCACAGGAAAAACAAGUUAGAAAGACAACAACCCCUAAGAUUCCAAGGCAGGACAGGUGGGAGCAGAACUAGCGAGCGGCUCCUUAGCUCCUUCUAUAGGGUCAAAUUGGCAGGUGGUCAGGAAGCCUGUGUCUGAAGGCAUGUGGCAACUGAAAGGCCAUUCUUUAACUUGACCACAGGCUGUUUAGCACAGUACAGAUUAGAGUUACAGCUACAUAAACCAGCACAGUCAUUCUGUAGUGCUUCAACCAUUUAUAAUGCUUUGGUUUGCUAAUUUGUUCACGUACCUUUUUAUGUUACAUUCUGUUGCUUUUGUAAACGUUUCUCAUAUUGGGGAUCUACAGGUAAACACAACUUGCUAUUUCAAUAAAAAAGUCAUUGUUAAGAAUAUUAUAUCCAAUAAAUGAUAAACAGGUAAAUAUAAA